UAUCUCCCAAAUAAGGGAAAAUAAAUAAAUAACAAAAUUGAAAAAAGCGAGGAUUGUCAACAUAGCAUCUCUUCUCUGUCGCUCACAUAUAAAUUCAAGACCCCCUAUUUAUUUUCAGUCUCUUCAUCGCCACCAUCUCUUUUUUCUUUUCUUUCUUUCUUUCUUUCUUUGCCUUUGGCUUCUUUUUGUUUUUGGGGAAACUCAGCCAAGUUGGAGUAUGAGUGAAGAAGAGUGGGUCAAAGAAGCGAUGACCAAUGACAUGUUGGUGGCUGAGGUGAUAAUGAGCCUCGCCCAAGCGGAGCCUCCGCCACCGCCACCGCCGCCAAAUCAGUCAGCGAAGAACAACUGUGGCUCGCUCACUUUGCAACUCGAGUGGAGUGUCCAUCAACGUCGGUCUAAGCAGGCUCUUAGGAAGAAAAGCGAGCCAGCACGAGCCAGCCCCACCACUCCACUUUCAUGGAGCAGUGGCACAUCGGUUAGCGGAGGCGGUGGUGUUGACGACUCCGAGGGGUCUAGCCGUCCUUCUUUAAAGCCGGUUGAUAACGCUAGAUCUAAGGUUUCGGCUACGAACGAGACAACUCCCCCCAAGAGGUCUAGAAGGAAAAAGACGUUACCUGAACUUAAAGAGGAGAUGAGUUCGCACUUGGAGGAACAUAAGAGUUUGAAAAAUGAAUUAGACAUAGUCAAACUCAAAUUUGAGAAUCUGAGAGCCAUAAAUGAAACUUUGAGCAGAAAGCUCAAAUUCGAGAAAGAGCAAGCCACAAAUAAGAGCUCUAAGAGAAUAAAGCUUGAAUAUCAAUCACAUCAGCCAACCAAAACAACUAUGGCUUUUCCUGAACCAGAGAAUACUAUUUCAGAGUUAUCCCCGCAAAGAGAAGUAGCUUUUCAGCCCUCAAGUGUCGGGUGCAAUGAAAGAGAAGUAUCUGUACAGGACGUGGUGAGUUGUGAGGCUUCUUUUAUGCUACCAGAUCUAAAUCUUCCUAUUGGGGAUGAUUAAGGUAGUGAAGUUGUUUAUGGAAUUAGCUGACAGAUGUAAAUUGAUAAUUCUUUGUCCCCUCAAAAUUAAAGUGGAGUUAAAGAUCGCUAGAGGGAUUUAUGGUUAAUAGUCGUAACCGCAUUUGCCAUUUCUUGUAAGUAGUAAAAUCAAUUCCUUCAUCACUGCUUGACCUUGAUGCGGAAGCGUAUUUUCUCUAAUGGAGGUAUUGAAGGCAGUGUAGACAGCAUAACAUAUUAGAUACAAAGUCAGAUUCUUUUCUUUGCAGGUUUCUUCUACCUUUGUCCAGAAUUGUUUAAGGCUAACCCUCAUCCUUUCUCUUCCAAGAAAUGUUUUAACUGAUGUAACUGUAAUUAUUCUAUAGAUAAUUGCAUGACUGGGUACCUUUUCUUUUUUCAAUAAUCUAAUUUAAUGGUCUCUUUCUCUGUUUAC